AUGAUCGGCUUUGGAGGUAAGGAAUAUGCAUUGCGUUCGGACCGUCGUGCAGCGACGCCGCUGGUCCUGAGUAUUGCGCCCUCCGCCUGGACGCCUCCGCCUGUCCGUCUCCCUCCCACUCUCCCUCCAUUUCCUGCCCCCGCGGCCACCCCACACGCACGCGCACGGCGCACGCAUCCACCACCACCACUGACGAUCAACAACGACGACGACCGGUGCUGCCCAGCGUUCGCGGGAGACGACGACGGCGCCGAGAGCGCGACGUCCAUCGAGGACCUGCCCACGGACGUCCUGUCCCUCGUGCUCCGCCGCCUCGACGGCGCGUCGAUGGCCGCGCUCGGCUGCGCGUCCGCCGCCUUCCGCGACCUCGCCGCCGACCCGGCCGCCUGGCGCGCGCUCUGCCUCGCGCUCUGGCCCUCGCUCCGCGACGUGCCUCUUGCUGCGACCACCGGCGGCUCUUCGCCGACGCGUUCCCGUUCCCCGCCGUGCCGCUGGAAGCACUGCCACAGCCAGCAACGCCCGCCGGCGCCGCCCCGCUCUGCGAAGCCGGCAGCCUCCCGCCGCUGCCGGCGCGUCUCAGCCGUCGACCUCCGGCAUGGCGGCGCGUGCGUCAUGUCCCGCGCGGUGGAGACGGACGCGUCGUCGGCCUGGUUCCUGGGCGCGCCGUUCCGCGUCGACGCGCUCACGCAGGAGGGCUUCACGUUGCCGUCGCCGGCGCCCAUCGACCCCGCGGACCUCGAGCUCAGCUGGGUGUGGGUGCGGCCGUCGCACCUGGUUCUAGCGCUGGAGAUUUUUUUUUUCUAGGGGGACAGUGGCUAUGGCUGGAGUUGGGCUUUAAUUUGGGCCCUCAAAUUUUGUAGACCUCCUCUCAAAUAAAAAUAUAGGGGUCUGAUUUAGAACCCGUGGCUGGAGAUGCUCUAAGAGAAAAAAAAAAAACCUUAGCCCAUGGAUAGUGCCACCAUGGGCCAGGAUUCCAUAAGAGACGCGGCCACGCGACGCGGAGCACGCAAAGGAGCAGUGCUGUUGCUACCUGGCUUGCAUUGGGCUGGCCGUCUGAAUUUUUCAUCUGGCCACCAUGGGUUGGGGCUUUCUACUGCAUGCGUCGCUGAACUGACUCCCUUUAUCCAGCAUCCGCCUCCAUAAUCUGACGAAAAAGCAGCAUCCAAUCUCACACACGAAAGCGCCUAAAGAUCUCUCCAUCGCACAUGUCGCUGUACACCUGUGUAGGCACUGAUGUGGCACACGAAGUGACGGCAUGAUCCUCUUUCAGGAUCAAAAGAAGGGGCGCAAAAUUAAAGCGCGCAUGCCAGCGCAACAGAGUGCAAAAGCCUAGUAAUAAGU